GAAUGGCAUCAAUUCAGCACACCGUGUUGCGCAGUGUCCGUCACAUAUUCAAAUGGAUCGCCACAUUUAAAAAUGAAAUCCUACAAUUCUUCAUUCUAUAAUAGGUAGAUAACAAGGAAAUUGGUGGUUCCUCGGUUUUAUUUAUAUUUAAUUUAUAACCGCUCGUGUCUGAUAUUGUUCCCUUUCAAAACAUGUUAUAUGAAUCAGGACAUCUAGUAAACAAGACAAAUACACGGUACUUCGUCUACAAUUGUGAAAAAUUGUGAAUGAUAAUCUCAAACUGAGACUAAUUCUAUACAGUUGAAUAAACAGAUACAGUGGUCAAUGAAUUCUACAUAAAUAGAGGCAGUCAAAACGCUUUCAGAUUAAAUUAAAUUCUAAUUCUCUGUAGAACAACAUUCUGUGGAAAUAUGGAAUAUGCAGCCAUUUCAAUUCAAAAACAUGCAAAUGUAUACAUCAUAGACUAUUUAUUAAAAACGAAUAAAAUGCUUUCGUUUGCGCUAUGAACAGCCAAACAAUGGUGAGACAUUUUCGCUCUUUGGUAAUUGUUGGUGUUUUAGUGAAUGCUGUUUCAAGUUCUGGUUUUGGAAAAUGCCCCAAACAAGAACCUAUGGACAAUUUCAACUUGACCAGGUUCACCGGUCGUUGGUAUGAAAUCGAAAGAACUUUUUAUUUGAUAGAAUUAUUAUACAGCUGUGUGACAGUCGAAAUGGAAACAGUGUCUAACUUCAAAUUGAAUAUUUCUGUUAUUUCGAGAAGCAGAUGGUCUGAUGGCAUAACUGUGAGUGAAGGUUUUGCAAUCCAAACAAGAAAAGAACCAAGUAUUUUUGUAUACAAAGUCCACUCAAAACUACCAAGACUGAUUUCCAAAUAUCUACCAGCUUCUGGAGCGUACCAAAUAUUAGAUACAGAUUAUGACACGUAUGCCAUACUUUGGUCUUGCUCAGAUUACCUCAUUGCACAUAAUGACAUGAUUUGGAUAUGGGGAAGACAAAAAGAAUUGAAUGUUACAACAAGGGCAAAUAUUUACGAAAUUUUAGAAAUGUAUCAAUUAGAUCCAGAAAGAUUAACCUUGCCAAAAAAUGGAAACUGCUUGGAUUGAAGAUUGUACCUCGCAUCACAUGAUAAAUAAUCCUUUGUUUUCAAAAGGAAAAUCAAUCCUUGUUCUUUAUAAAAAUUUAUUUCAGCAAUAACAGUGAAUAACAACAAAAGGAAAAUAAAUAACAAUAGAUAUAGUUUAUUUUUUAAAUCAGUUAUCUCAUUGUUUUCCACCAGCAUGCAAUGAAAUCCCUAUUAAUUCAAAUUAUCACAGUUAAAAAAUGUUUCUAAUUUGUACUGAUAUUUCAUAUUAUGGUUCAUGAAAUACAUAGUUAAGAUAAAAGAAAAUCCUCUUUGUAAAAAAAACAAAAUAAACUAUUCUAGCUAGUAUUAAUCA